UCCACAACCACGAUCCAAUCCUCCGCGGAUUCUCGCACUGGAUGUCGCCACAACGCAUCUGACGGCGGCAUCCCCCAUUCUCCCCCAUCAACAUGGUUACCUCACUCGCCGCGGAUAAGCCCUAUCUGCCGCCCGCUGAUGCGGAUGCGAACGACCCCUUCAUCUCGCCCCCUGGACAUGCUCACCACCGCUACUCCGGCUUCGAUAACCAAUCCUUCGCCCUCGGCCCGGCUUCAUCACCCGACCAGGCCAAGCGCGUCUUGCAGGCCCACAUUGCCGAUACCGAACGGCGCCUCGACGAAGCCGGAAAGUUGGGCACCGCCCUCGUCCAACAGCGCAAGGAACUCGCCGAACGCCUCAAGGAGGUCGAAGAGCAGGAGACGGAAGGAGAACUUGCCCCCGAAUUGCGCGCUAAGCUUGCCGACAUUGAAAAGGAGUUCCAGGAUGUUGCUCGAGAGACCGCCAGGGCCUUCUUGCCCAAGCAGAGGGUCCCCAGCAAUGAAGCUGCUGGAGGCUCGCCCUACGUGCCAGACGGAAAGACGGCAAGACGCUCCAUCAGUCCCUCCAAGUUCGAGAAGCUUGAGGUCCAGGCCACUGGAUCGCCUUCCAAGCUCAGUGUCCCAAACUGCAAAGUCAGAAACCAGCCCGGUAAUCGCAUCCACGACAUCGAAUUCGCUGCCGAAAUCAGUACAUCCCUGAUCGCCCAGGUCCGCAACCUGCAAUCGCUCCUCUCCGAAAAGGACGAGGAGCUGCGCGACAUCAAGGUCGACAAGUCCAGGCUGGAAAUCGAGAACGAGAACUUCCAGCAGCGCGUCAAGGCCCUGGACGAAAGCGAGAACAAAUACAAGGACGAGAACUGGAAUCUAGAGACGCAGGUCCACGACCUGAUUGCUGCGCAAAAGGACGCUGCAGACCGAGAAAAGAAGCUGUCGCAGAGCUUGAGUGUCCUCCAGGUGGAAAAGAACUCGGUUCAGAAGGAGCUCGACGAGGCCAAGGUCUCGCUCGCCAAGCUCGCCGAGGAGCAUGAACGUGCUGUGAAGCAUCUCGAGCUGGAUCUGACCACUGCUAAGCGGAAUGCCGCCUCGGCCGAAACCGAGAGGAAUACCUUGCGACGCAAGGUCGACGACCUCAUGAGCCAAAACACGGAGCUCGCCAAGGCCGUUUCCAUCCAGCGUGGCCGUAUGUCUGAUCGCGACUUUGUCCGCGGUGUCAGUGAUGAGGACUUGGAGGCCGCCACAGACGGCUUUACUCCCGAACACUCCCCCCCGCAGUCACCCAUUAAAGGCACUCCCCGCCAUGCCAUGUUGGAGUCCGAGACCCUCAAGAGCUCUCUCUUGCAUGCCCAGCGAACGAUCCAGAGCCAGAAGACCGUCAUCCACCGCGAGAAGACCGAGAAGCUCGAGCUUAAGCGACUGCUCCAGGAUACGCGCGAUGAGCUGGAGAAGCUGCGCACCGACGCCCCACCUGUUCCUGCCCGUCGCAACCGCAAGGUUGAGUCGAGAGAAUUCAAGAAGCCUACCCGUGGCUUGCUUGGCGGCCACCGAAGCAGCAGGAAUGAAGUCUACCAGGACGACCCAGACUGGGAAGAGGCCACGGAAAUCGGCAGCCCCAGAACUUCGCCAAACGCUCGCUCCAGCUCCAUCAUCCGCAGACCGAACAGCAGACCUGGCAGUGCCUACAGAACUCAAUUCACCGAUGUCAGUGACGACUUCGAAACGGCCAACGAGACCAGCGAUGCCGCCUUCGAAACGGCCAACGAGCGCGGAACAGAAACGGAGGACUUCCAGACUGGCGUCGAAGACUUUUCCGGCGAUGACGACGAUGACACUGAGACCGAAACCGAGAGUCCGUCUAAGGGUCGUGACCUGCGGUCCCAGGCUCUUGCCAUGUCCGGUGGCCGAGACUCAUACGACAGCACUGCGUCUACCUCGGCCGACGAGGAUGAGGAAUACAUCGAGUAUAGGACACCGACGUCACAACAUUCGCAUCAGCGCAUGCGUGUUAGGCUCAGCCGAGGUAUCAUCAACCGCCAGUCAAGACAGUUGAGCGAGGAGCCGAGCUUCCAGGGCAGCCCUGCCAGUGCUGCCACAGAUAGCGCUGCAGGAACGCCUCAUGCCGGCGGCCAGAGCUUGUUCGCAGAGCUUGCCGAUCUUGACAACAGCGACGCCGAGUCUGGUGGGGAUACGCCCAACCGCUCAAGGUCCGCCACUGGCGACUCUACAGCAUCCGUCCCUACCUUGCCUCGUGAUACGGUCGACAGCAGCAAUAUGACGGACCCUGUUAAGAAGACCGCAGCCUCCAGACCCAUGAUGGUCGACAGUGGUAUGAUGACGGAGCCCAUGACCGAGUUGCCUUUCUUCUCAGCACCUAGCGCCGUUCAUGAGGAUGGAGAUGUGUCUCUGGGGUCCGUGUCGGCCGCUCAGCAGGUGUCACGCCACCUAUCGGUUGACGAUGCCGAUGCUAACAGCAGUCAUUCCCGCCCGCUGUCGACAAUCUCCUACAGCGACGCAGGUGCCCAGUAUGAUGUUGACAUGGAUGAGAAGUUGGCGCAGUUCCCGAUGCCACCAUCUAGUCUCGACAACUACAUCCCGCCGCCGCCGCCUGAGCUCAGCCUCUCCUCCAUCGAUGCACAAGACAUUGAACCCGUCGUCGAGCUCGAGACACCUCCUCCUGCACCGCCUCAGCUCACCAUUACGUCCUUGCUUUCUGAAGCUGUUGAGCCCAAGGCAGAGCCCGAGAUUGUGCUGCCUGCACCCGUCUUGGCGUUCACGCCUCUUGUCUCAGAGGUUGUUGAGCCAAAGGCCGAGCCCGAAGUGCCACUCCCGACGCUGACCAUCUCGACUUACUUGUCAGAGGCGGUCGAGCCUGUUGCUGAGCCAGAGGUGCCGCCUCCCAUCCUCAGCCUCUCGGCCCUUCAUGCCCACAACCUCGAGCCCGUGACUGAGCCCGAGAUACUCCCGCCGACGCUCACCUUGUCGGCCUUGCACUCCCACAACCUCGAGCCUGUGGCCGAGCCCGAGACGCCGCCCCCGACUCUCACUCUUUCGGCGCUGCACGCUCACGACUUGGAGCCGGUAGCUGAGCCAGAGGUGCCGCCUCCGGCUCUCAGUCUCUCCGCUCUACACUCGCACAACCUUGAGCCGGUCGCUGAGCCCGAGGUCGCGCUUCCCGUGCCCGAUCUCACCUUGUCAGCUCUGGUGUCCGAAAACAUCGAGCCCAAGGAAGACCCGGAACAGUCUCGGGCACUUGCAACCAUCCCUGCUCCUAUCCCGGUACCAGUACCGGCACCGUCAUUGCCGACCCUUACCCUGUCUUCAAUCGCGUCCGAGACCGUGGAGCCGAGGGAAGAGCCAGAGAUCCCUGUUGUUGCGCCCACCCUCAGCCUUUCAGCGAUCGCGACGGAACACGUCGAGCCCAAGGCUGAGCCCGAGAUUGUUUCUCCGGCGCCCGUCCUCAGUCUCUCAGCUCUUCACUCUCACGACCUUGAGCCAAGAGCAGAGCCUGAGGUAUUGCCCCCCACUCUUAGCCUCUCGUCCAUCGUGGCGGAGGGCGUUGAGCCCAAAGCGGAGCCGGAGAUUGCCCCCAAGAUACCGACUCUCACAUUUUCGCUUAUUGCGGCUGAGAAUAUUGAGCCGAACGCGGAACCCGAAGUGGUUGCCCCCGUACCUGUUCUCAGCCUUACGCCAAUCUCCUCUGAGGACAUUGAACCGAAGGCCGAGCUUGCGCCAUCGCUCACCUUGUCUUCUAUCACAUUUUCGGACGUUGAGCCUCUCGCGGAGCCGGAGGUGCUCCCACCGGCACCGCCCGCUCUCAGCCUGUCCUCCAUCUCGUCUGAGAACAUCGAGCCCAAGGCCGAGCCUGAGAUUCCGGCACCUCUUCCUGCUGUUCUUGCAUACUCCGAAAUUCGCUCGGAGCACGUCGAGCCUCUUGCUGCACUUCUCCCUCCGCUAGGGUUCUCCUCCGUUCUGUCUCAGCACGUAGAACCUGUCGUCACGCCGGAACUUUUGGCGCUCAAGCCCAGCUUCGCUUUCUCCACCAUCGAGUCGAUUGAGACGCAACCCAUUUCGCCUAGAAGCCCGAAGAGAGAUGCCUUUAUCCUCCCUCGCGACAACACGGAUUCUUCCCAUGGUGACAAGGAUGCGCCACGGACGCCUUCUAGAAAUGCUCUGAUGAGCUCCGUCUUCGGCCGGAACAAGGGCAAGGCAGACAGCACCAUCAUCGCGGAGGAUGAGACCAGACAAUCGCCGAGCGAAACUCGUCUGUCCGAGACUCCCGAGUCCCAGCGGCCGUUCAAGGAUAUUUCAACCAACGCCAACAACCGCGCUGCGCGCAAGCCAGCGAUUCCCAUGUCUGACUCUGGCGCCCAGACUGCUUUGACUUCCGAGGCGAUCGAAGAGAUGCUCCUCUCAAAGAGCAAGGCCGGCACUUCCGACAAGUCGCUGUCGAGCUUCGGAACCCCGAGCACCCCCGGCACCGUCCGCAUCCACCGUCCGUCCCAUGAUAGUUUUAGCAGCUUCGCCACCGAGAACAAGAUGGAUACAGGGUUCAAAAGACCAGGCAGUGCCAGCAGCAACCUCGUGUCUACCGGGUCACUUCCUCCUCUGCCCUCCAACCACAAGGAGGCUAUCGAAGCUGCGAGAACCGGGUCUUCGCAUGGAAGUGCGGUUAUGGGCCCUCCUUUGUGGCCCGCCUCCGCGAUGAGAAACCAGCGGCCACAGACUCCCAACGGCGCAAGGCCACAGUCCCCGCUGUCAAUCUCCACAUCGGUGAAUGCCGCCCCUUCUGUUCGUGUUUCGCGGGCUGGCGCGCCUUACGGUGCCGCCGAGAUUCACUCUCCGACCAAGCUGUCGACCAUGAGCAGGCACUCUUCGGUGUCCUCGUUCGUUUCUGAAAUCGACCACCGGUUCAACCCCCACGCCGAGGUGGCCGCGGCGAGUGGCUUUGGCCCCAAUACCGAUCCUCGCAUGAUCCAGGCCAUCACACAGACCAUGAUUGGCGAAUACCUGUGGAAAUACACCCGCAAGACCGGCCGCGGAGAACUGUCGGACUACAGACACAGGCGUUACUUCUGGGUCCACCCGUACACCCGGACUUUGUACUGGAGCGACCGUGACCCGGCCACUGCCGGGCGGUCCGAGCUUCGCGGGAAGAGUGUGCCCAUCGAGGCCGUCCGCGUGGUGACCGACGACAACCCCAUGCCGCCCGGCCUCCACCGUAAGAGCUUGAUCGUCAUCUCCCCCGGCAGAACCAUCAAGUUCACCUGUACGACUGGCCAGCGCCACGAGACGUGGUUCAAUGCCUUGUCAUACCUCUUGCUUCGCACAACCGACGAAGGACAGUCCGACGUCGAGGAGAUGGCUGGCAACCUCACGCAGGCCGAUGUGGAUGAAUUUAACCCUCAGCUUGGUAGUCGCGCCAGCUCAACGGCGCGCCAGAGGCCUACGCCGUCUCUGUCAUCAUACAAUUCACGGACUACCCGCAACCAGUCCCCGGCAGUCGGCAUGUCGAUGAACCCACCGACUCUGACCCCGACCAAGCACGAAGCCCAGGCCCAGAGACCUCCUAUGGGGACGCUGGGUAGGAUCAGUGGCUACUUCGGCACCUUUUCGAGCCUGAGAAGUCGCUCCGGGGUUAUUAGCCCCAGCAUCUAUGAGGCCAGCGAGGUGCACGACAGUGCUGAGGACCUCCGGGAGAUUAUCGAAAAACAAGACCGAGAGGCCGACAGACUGGAGAACGUGCGCGCGUGCUGCGAUGGCAAGCAUGAUGUUGGCACCCUCCACCACCACUCUAAGCGGAGUCGGCCUUCUGGCUCUCAUUCUCGCUCGCACUCCAACUCUCAUUCUGGACCCUCUGCGUCUACGCCGUUGACCACCUUGAAGUCACGAGCAUAAGCUGGCGCUCGAUGGGCCCCACCGCCGUCUCCGCGCGGUCGUCGAGGAGCAGCCUCAAGUUAAAUAUACACCAAUGAAGGCACCCUUGCAAUCCACUCGCUACGCCGAAAUUUGGCCUCGUGGGAGACUCUCCCCAUCCACGAAGAAUUCGCUCUCACGCAACGGAUCACGAUGUCCAUGACAACCAUCUCCUUGUUGUCUUUGCCUAGGAUGCCCUGCGCCCCGCAAGAGCCCAGGCCCCUUCUCCUUCCGUUUUGGACCUAAUCUAUCAUUUACGACUGCAUCCAGGACCCCUGCGUCCUCACGACGACAAAUAUUUCUUUUCGCGUUCUGCCUGUCUCGAUUAUAGCCACUAGGCACCGGUCAACCAUUGCCAGAUCACGUUGUCUGGAUGAUUGCUAAGCAUCCUUUUUUUCGGCCGCGUUGUUUUCUUUGCUACCG